GAACUUUUUAUCACGAGUUCUUAAUCAUAAUUUGGCAUAUUACAUUCCUGUUGCAGAUAAAAUGUGGCAUCACUGUAGUCAGCUUCGUGCGCCUCGAAGCAGAAAGCGUUUGGGAAGGAAGUCCUUGCUUCUUCAAUAAUAUUAGACUCAAAAGAGCCAGACACCAGUCCGUCGCAAUGGCCGGAGCAGCGGCGGCGCCCCGGUGGAUCCGCAGGGCCUCCCCCGUCGAGGAGUACUUCGAAGAGGGACACAAAAAGAAACUCAACAUCGUCAACUACACCAUCACGCUCAGUUCGACGUCCGCGCGUCUGUCGGAGAUCAUGGAGGAGGCCCUCACGCUACUCUAUAGGAAAGUGCCGGUGCUUCGGGUCUGCUUCGGCUGGCGCGACGACCAGCUCUGGCUCCGAGAGAUGGAUGAAUGUCAAGUGGAUUUUAAGGUGCUGAAGGACGACGCGUUGGACAAGCACCGGGCAGGGAUCAUGCAGUGCUUCGACACGGAGCGCGGGCCGCUGUGGAGAGUAGCGCUCGUGGCGGAGCACGAGGAGGCCGAGCGAGACCCUCAUGGGCAUAGCCCGGGCGAGGCUUACCGUAGCUUGUCGGACAUACAGAAUCUAGACUUCGCAAAUCUCACUCACUCACGGACGGAGGGCGAAGCGGCCGAGCCUUACAUACGGGAUGACCGGGCGAAGCUAGACUUGGUAGAUCACACUUACCCAGCUUCGUGGGCGCGGCCGCUGAACGAAUUGCCGCGGCCGUUCGCCCACAAUUACUCCGUCCUGUUCUGCAUCCACCAUGGCAUCGCCGACGGCAUGACGAUCACGAGAAUAUGCGGUCUCCUCCGGGCGAUUCUAGACGACCUCUUGUCGGGUCGCCCCGUCGACGCAACGGAGCAGCUGGGCGAGCACGUUUCAUACGACGCUGCUAUGGCGCUAUACGCUGCAGAGGAGCAGAAACUGAAGGACGACCCUUCUCUCCUGGUGAAGGCAAUGAAGGAAUUUGCGGAGGGCGAGAGGACGCGUCCGCUCCUCCUGGACGUCCUGCCGCGCCCCCAGGGCGGCGAGGCCACCACCGGCAGCAUCCCUCUGCGCCUCAGCGAGGACGAAACGAAGGCCCUCAUCAGCUGCUGCAAAAAGAUGAAGGUGUCUCUUAACAGCUACUUCACCAGCGCCAUCAACGUCGCCCUCAUCGAUUUCCUGGAGAGCCUGGGCGUGAGGAAGGACGCCUACGAGUUCCGCGCGGGACACGACAUCAGCCUGCGCCGCUACUACGGCGGAGACACGUCCCGCACCCUCGGCGUCCACCUGCCCACCUUCGGCUUCCGCUUCGUGUACAGAGCGACGGCCGACCUUUACCGGGAGUUCUGGGCGUCGACGAGGGCGUUCCACAAGAGGUUCCACGACGCGCUACUCAAGGGGGAGCCGCUGCGGGCGGUGGUGCUCCGGCAGAAGGACGCUUCCCAGUUCGACGACAUCAAGGGCUUCUACAGCGACCAGGGUGAACCGAACUAUUACUACACGAUCUCCAACCUCGUCGACGUGACGGAGGCGCUGUCGAAGGAGGGCGACAACGUGCAGAUCACGCAGAUGGACCGCUACGUGGCACUCAGGAACAAAAAGUGCUUCAUGUGCUUCAGCAUCCACACGUUCAGGGGCCAAGUGACUGUCAACAUGCUCUACUCGACCCACUACUUCAGCGAAGAGUAUGCGAUCCGGUUGGCUGACCUUGUACAUUCGAAUAUCAUCUCGAGGAUUGUGUUUGACGAGAAACAGGCGUAGGGCCUUGUCUUGUGAAGAGCGAUGUGUGUAUCGUUCACUUUCCUUUCUCACACACACACACACACACACACACACACACACACACACACACACACACACACACA